CUACAGUGAUUUCCCUAGUUAAAGUAAAUUGUGCUAGCCACAAAAUGGGGAUUUUUCUUAAAUUCAAGAAGAUUCUUAAACAUGAUAUUAAAUGUGGUGUUAAUUUUCAAAGCUCCACAUUUUUUGGCAACUAUGGAUGGCUACAUAGCUUGAUUAAUAACAAUCAUCGCGCAUGUGUGUUCAUUUUUCAGAGACAUUCUAUGAGCUGCAGCAGAGGAGCUGGUUGCUCUGUGUCCAGUGUCAGCUCACUGCAGACUCCUGGAGAUGCCAACUUUUUCUCCAAUCAGCUUGGAGUGCCUACGGUGGAGUUCACAUACGCAGAGGUCCCUAAAACAGAGAGAGCGCUUUUUCUCUCUGAGGCCUUUUUCCCUCCUGAGUCUUCAUUAGGAGAAACCUUGGAUCCAGCCUUCAAACUCCAUGAGACUAUUGCCAAGAUAACAACCGAGGCCAUCCUACGACUGGCUACAGAUCCUGUUCUUCCAUUUUGCCCUUUGGAUGUAGCCCUGAAUGUCCAGAGCAAACUCAAAGAUGAAACACUGAGAGGGCUGGACCUGCUAAACGUGGCUGCAUCUUUGAGGGAAAACUCAACUUUCUUCCAGUCUGAGGUCAUGCGUCCUGCCAAUGACCCCAAAGAGAGAGAUCCUGCCCAUGUCCGCAUGCUCAACGAUGUCCUCCGAGAUCUGGAAAAAAGCUUUCUUAUCCCAACCCCACCUGCUGGCUUUUACAGGAAUAUUCUCUAUUGUUUGAGCAGACAAACUCCACGCUUCUCUAUCCUAAAGGAUGCCCUGGAGGUUUCCUGGCACAACAGCAUCAGCCAUUCCCAGAAUCUGGUAUACAGCGCCAUUAGUUCAGCUCAGAAACUUGUGCAAAGUGGACUCGACCUGUUUGAGAAUGAAAAUGACAACCUAAAAUGACAUCUGAGGGAACGCACCACAAUGGUGUCAGAAUAUGACUUAAACACCUGGAUCUUCUAGCCAAUACAGACAUUUCAGUGGGAUCUGAAGAAACUUCAGAAAGUACCAUUAUUAAGUGCACUAUUAACUAGAGGAAUCUCAUCAGGCUAAUAUCAAGUUACUGUUUUUAUUCCUCUAAUGACAUUCAAAAAGUUUGUGGUUUUUAACAUUAGAAAAGAGUCUGGAAGCUAAACUCUAUAACAAGGAGGAUCGAGAGCUUUUGUUUUGGGGAAAAACACCAGCAGGUUUAUCACUGUUUCCAGUCACAUAAACCCCAGAGGACAACUGGAAGCUGAGACUCGAGAUAGGUUUGUUUAUUGAAACUUGAUGUUUGAAAUAUGUUUCACAAUUUAAAAAAAAAAAAAAGAAAAGAAAAAAAAUAACUAAACCAGCCCACCAUUUUGUAAAUGGCAAGCAAUGACCUACAGUAUGGAAGAGGGGAAAUGCUGUGAGUUGCAGUCAACAUGGAGUCAAACUUCAUAAUGCAGAACUUGAUGAUAUAUGUUUAAAGUCACCAUGAAUUUUUUUUUUCUUAUUUUACCAUACAUCUAAGUGAAUAUUUUCUUGAACAAUAAAAAGUGUCAUAUGUGACAUAAUUAUGACAAAUAACUUUCUAAUAUAAUCCUGUUGAAGCAAUCUAUCUAAAAUUACAUUCUUGGAAAUAAAGAAACCAAAUUCUUUAUUUCUUAAAUUUUGUACUUAUGGCCAGUUUCCAGUGAGUGGGUCGCCAUUAUCAGGUCUGCAUUUCCACUGCCAAAAGGGUACCAGUGGCACGGUGUAUGAUAAAAAGUUUCAUUCAAUGUUAUUCUCGCUUAAGAAAAUAUCAAAGUAAAGCUAUACAGGUCGUUCACAUAUCCUAUAUAAAGUGUAUAAAUGUUCAUUACUAACCUUUCAACUAACAUGAUUUGAUUAUAACUGCAGAUCAAUAAGUGCGUGUAAAUAGCCUACUGUGUUGUCUGCUAUUAUAUAAAAUAAAUAAAUGCAACAUGUAUGAUAACAUACAGACCCUUACACUCUCUGAUAUGUUACCAAUUAAAGAAAAACUACACACAGCAUACAUUUAGCCCUUAUUUGGGUUUGAAAACAACACAGAAUAUAGCCGACAGUCAGUGCAAAUCUUUAAUCUUCACCAGCACAUGUAACCUCUUGUUAGAAAGUAAUUCUGUCAUUCAGAGUUCAUAAUAGUCCAAAUACUGAUGAUAAUAGUCAAACGUUAUAGUUUGUUCAUGUUUUAGGUUGCUGAACGAAUCAUUUGCUCUUGUUUUUUCAGACUUCUUCUUUGUUUUUUCCCACAUCGCUCUCGCGUUUGUUCAUUUCUGAAAGGAUGCCAGAAGCACUUCAGUAAUCACGUGCACAUUAUUAUCAUCAGCUCAAUAAGUUUGUAUUUCAAACAUAAUUGCGCACGCAAGCUUUCUCGGGAGAGUGAAACCGCUCGUGUUUUAGACGGCCUUGUAAACAACAACGGGUCACAGGGUAGAUUUUAGGGAUGCACCGAAAUGAAAUUCUUGGCCGAAGCCGAAUAAUAAUGAAUUGCUUGGCCGAAGGCCGAAUACCGAACGCGGUGUUUUUCAUUUUUUUUCUAUUUAGUUCGCCAAUUUUUUCACCAUUACAAUAAUUAAAUAGUAAAAAUUAGCUUUUUACUAUUUUGUGUUGCUUUUCAGAGAAAUAAAUCAAAUAACAAAAAUACAAUUUCAAAAAUAUUUAUUUAACACU